AUGGCAGCAGGGGCAGACAGCCGGGCGUACACCGGCCCAGAACCCAAGCAGCACUACCCACAGAACCCAGCCCCCGAACCCCCACCGGGGCCCCCGCCCAAGGGCAAUGCGCCCCAGGGAUCCCAGACCCCAGGACCCACCCCAUACCCACCCCGCAGUAGGGCCGGGCAAUGCCCAAAAACCCCCGGCGCCAGCGCCCCCACCCCAACCCCGGCCCCCAAACGACUCCCCCCCCGACACCGGUCCCACAGCACCAAUCCGAAGAAGAAGAAAGCCACACAACACAGCGAAGCAACGGCCGCAAACAAGCCAGUGCCCAACACCCACCGCCACACCACGAGGACCCCUCCACCCAGAUGCUCCUCCCCAGAAAGGUCAACAUGCCUGCCCUCCCAGGAGACAGGCAAGCCCGCCGAACAGGAACCCCCCCGGCAGCGCACCGCCGGCAUGCGGGGGCCCGAGCAGCCCCAACAGAAACAACACCGGAAGGCCGACAUGGACGAACCGACGGCACCAACCAAGCCCCCAGGCCGCCGAGAGGAGGACGGCCACGCCGGCCACGGCCCGUCCCCCCUCCCCGCCGCCAAACACCGAGCAACCCUCCACUCCCAAGCCGCGCACGAUGCACCACACCACGCGCCACCGGCACCCGCCCCAACAGAGCGAAGCCACACCCCGACCCGGGGGCACUCCAAAGGGACCCCCGACGCCCGCAACCAGCCCACAACAGACACACACGAACCCCGGCCACAGGCGCGACCACCCACGCCCCCCCCCCGGAUGACGCAACCACGGCAAGCGUCACGGCCAACCACCGAAACCCGGCACCGGAAGACGAGGCACGCCCCGACGCCCCGCAGAGCAGAAGCACCCUGGCCAGCACCACAAAAGAACCGAUGCCCGGCGCCCAGCCCCACCCAGCAGCAGCACAGCCACCAGGCCAGUAGCCCACGUCCGCCAACACGGAACCCCCCAAGAGCACCGCAGGACCCCCCCGCGGCGCCCCAGACCCCGCCCCGACGGGGGCAACAGUCCCCCGGGCCAGGCCCGCCAGGCACCCAGCUCCGAGCACCCCCCCGAGCCCCCAGGACCCAAGGACACCCGAACUAG